CUCAGAAACCAGAAGUGAGUCUAGCAAUGGCUACGGCAGCAGUGGCGGACUGUAGAUGGAGCAUGGCAUCUCUGAGGUCGGCACUUCCUUCAGUGGCAGUGUUUCCCCAUACUCCCCCUUCCUUUCGGAUACCGCUUCCUGCAUUCCAAUCAUCACCAUCGUCAUCAUCUCUCAGCCUCUCCCGUCGUCCCAGGACCCAGCAGAUUGGGGUUCCUUACACGGGUCUCUCUCCCCUAAAUCCUCUCCUCUCCAUUGGCUCCUCGGAGUACACAGGUUUUGAAUAUAAUUUCACCAUUAUUGAUAAUGGGUGCCGGUUUUUUGCCAUGAGACAUGGCAGGCGAGUGCCCAAACUCAACAGGCCUCCCGACCAACGACGGGCGCUCCUGCGAGGCCUCACCACCCAGCUCCUUAAACAUGGUCGGAUCAAAACCACUAGGGCAAGGGCAAGUGCCAUGAGGAAGUAUGUUGACAAGAUGAUCACACUGGCUAAGGAAGGGUCUCUUCAUAAGAGGAGACAGGCUCUGGGAUUUAUCUACGAAAAACAGAUCGUGCAUGCCUUAUUUGCGGAGGUUCCAGACAGGUAUGGGGAUAGAAAUGGCGGGUAUACAAGAAUCAUUAGAACGCUCCCAAGGCGAGGGGAUAAUGCGCCCAUGGCAUAUAUCGAACUUGUUUAGCUAAAAGAACACUGGGGCUUAACUUGGGACUUGGUUGAUGAUCUGGAAAGGGAUGCGUUAUAUUGAGAGUCUGGUUGAUAAUGGAGGAGGGGCAUAUUGUAUUGAUGAUCAUGGAAGCGUUACCUUGUAUGAACUCUAGAAAGAAGUUUUUGACAUGGUGGAUUAGUAAUGACAGAUAAGUUAAGGAGUAGGUUGAACAAAUGCCAAUUAUGGCUAUUAAUGCAAGGAACUUCAAAUGUAGGAGGAAGGAUGAGGA